UUUGAAAAAUAUAUGAGAUUGAGAUGGGUUGAAUUUAAAUGAGGUAGAGAAGAGAUGAAGUAAUAAAAUAAUAUAUAAUCAUAGAUUAUUGAGCAACCAUUAAAAAUCCAAUGUAUGAUCUACGUUCUAAACGUUGACGAAGACGUAGACAUUGCUCAGUCAAGUUCCAUUUGCAAUGUUGAAGAAGUUUCUGCCAGCAGCACAAUUAAAGUAAUGAACUUGCUCUUAUAAAUCAGAUUACUAACUAAACUUAUCUCUGCACUUUCAGAGGAGACAGAGAAUUUUAAGUGGACGAAGAUGUCAACUCUAAGCAUACCUCCAACGCUAUUUUCUCCUGUCGAUGACGUUUCACUUCUUCACAAGGCCUUCAGAGGAUUAGGGUGUGACUAUUCUAUGGUGAUCAAUAUACUUGCUCAUCGUGAUGCUUCACAGCGUAUGAGUAUCCAACAAGAAUUUACACAUUGGUACUCAGGAGAUAUUCGUACCUGUUUGACGGAGAAGCUUACUGGUAAUCUGAAGAUUGCAGUUUUGCUUUGGAUAUUAGAACCAGCAACGCGUGAUGCUGUUGUUCUGAACCAGGCACUGCUUAAAGAUGAUAUGAGAGGUGCGACUGAAGUUAUAUGUUCUCGUACACCUACCCAGAUACAGACCUUCAAGCAGAUCUACAACUCAAUGUUCGGGUUACUAGAGCAUGAUCUACAAAAACAUACCUCUGGAGAUCAUAAGAAGCUUUUGGUAGCAUACAUAAGCAUACAGCGUGAUGAAGGUUCUGAAUUUGACAUAAUGGCUGCUGAAAAUGAUGCAAAGACGCUCUAUUUAGCUGUGGAGAAGAGAUCAGGAACUGAUAAGAUCAUUAAAAUUUUUAGUGAGAGCAGCAACGCACACUUAGUCAGUGUAGAUUCAAUCUACAAUAGGAUGUAUGGACACUCUCUUGAAAAGGCUAUAAAGAAGGAUAUAACAAAGCCGUUUGCAUCUGCUCUUUUGACAAUAGUAAGAUGUGCGGAAAAUCCAGGAAAAUACUUUGCCAUGGUACUACGGAAAGCAAUGAAGGGAUUAAGAACUGGUGACAAAACACUCAUCAGGGUUAUUGUGACAAGGGUGGAGAUUGAUAUGCAGUACAUAAAAGCUGAGUACCAGAAGGAGUAUAAGAAUUCAUUGGUUACUGCAGUUCGCUUGCGAACAGUAGGGAAUUACAGGAAAUUUCUUCUUGCUCUGUUGGGUACAAAGCAUUGAGGAUACAUGUGUAUCCAUUGUUUUGCUUUUUUCCUUUUCUUCUUAGUUACAUGGACUCUUCAAUUCACCUCAAGUACCCGUGUCAGAUCCUUAACACUCGGAUGUGGACACGGAUACCUGGACACUUCAUUUUAAGCUAAAAUCAUAAUUUCCAUAGAUUAGCUAAGUUAGACACUUGGACACAUACCUGUGUCAGACAUGGGUAUACGAGUCCAGGUAACAUAGUUUUCAUUCGGUUUUUGUGAGAUAUGUAGGUGAUACUGUUAUUGUAGGUUAGCGUUGGUUCUUAAACGUGAGUGUGCAAUUUAAACUUCAUAGUCUGUUGUAUUAGAUUUCAAGUUGAUUGUGUGCAUGUGCAAGAUUCUUGUUGGAGUCUUGGCGACUCAAAUUAUCUCACUCAUAGAGAAGUAUUUACCUUCA